UUGUUAUUUAUGCUUCGUUCACACUGGACAGAAGAAUGUCUUCGCCUUGUAGAUGGAGCUGUUUAGGGAUAUAUCUAGGGCUAUUUCUACUGGAUUGUUACUGGGACACGGUGUCUGGGCAGCUCUCCUAUUCGGUCUCAGAGGAGGUAAACCCGGGGACUCAUGUUGGAAAUAUCGCUAAGGAUUUAACCAUUAAUUUACAGGACUUGGAAACCCGCAUGUUUCAAAUUGUUACUGGAUCAAAGAGGAAAUUCUUCGAGGUAAAUCUUAAGACUGGUGUUCUGUAUGUCAGUGAGAGAAUAGACAGAGAGGAGCUUUGCGCAGAGGAACUUAAAUGCUCAGUCAAUGCAGAGGCCGUGAUAAAUAACCCUUUGAAGCUUUAUAGUAUUGACAUAGACAUUUUAGAUGUAAAUGAUAAUGCCCCAUUAUUUACGACCAAAUUGCAAAAUUUGUAUAUUGCAGAGAAUACUUUACCGGGAGUGAAAUUCGCAUUAUCUGAAGCAACUGAUGCAGAUGUGGGGAGAAACGGAGUCAAUACUUACAAAUUAAGCCAAAAUGAACAUUUCUCUUUGGCAGUGCAUAAAACAGGUGACAGUGUGUCUGCUGAGUUAGUGCUGAAGAAAGCUUUAGACAGAGAGAAGCAGCCUGUUAUCACCAUGACACUGACCGCUGUAGAUGGAGGGACUCCUCCAAAAUCAGGCACCUCACAGCUCGUAAUCAAUGUUUUAGACAUUAAUGAUAACAUUCCGAUAUUCAGCGAAUCUUUGUAUAAGACAAAGAUUCCCGAAAACACGCCCCUGGGCACACUAGUUAUCGCUGUGAACGCCACCGAUGCAGAUGAGGGCCUGAACGGCGAGAUUGUGUAUUCAUUAAGAAGCAAAGAUCAAGAUCACGUACUUGAUAUCUUUGAAAUUGAAAGUCAAACGGGCGUCAUUAAGGUAAAAGGCAAUAUAGACUUUGAAGAAAGGAAAGCUUUUGAGAUACGUGUGGAGGCAAGUGAUAAAGGCCAGCCUCCAAUGUCCGCUCAUUGUAAAGUGUUGGUAGAAGUUGUGGACCUCAAUGACAAUGCUCCUGAGAUCACCAUUACGUCACUGCAUAAUACAGUGAAAGAGGACUCUAAUAUAGGUACCGUAGUUGCACUUCUGUCCGUCCUCGAUAAAGACGGUGGAGAAAAUGGUAAAGUGAAAAUCCAAAUUCAAAAUGAGGUUCCAUUCAAACUCGAAACAAACUACAAAAAUUAUUAUUCGUUGUUAGUUGAUGGGCCUUUGGACAGAGAGAGUAUCUCUAACUACAACGUCACCAUAGUCGCCACUGAUAAAGGCACCCCGCCACUCUCUAGCACGAGUGUAGUUCCUAUACACGUUUCUGAUGUCAAUGACAACCCGCCUCUCUUCUCAGAGCCUGUGAUUAAUGUUAACGUGAAUGAGAACAGACCGGUAGGAGCAGUUAUUAAAACGGUGACUGCAACUGAUGCUGACACUGACCAGAACAGUCAGGUGAGCUACUCAUUUUUACAGAGUAACACUAACUCGUUGUCGUUAUCUACAAUGGUGAAUAUCAACUCAGAGACUGGAGAUAUAAUCAAUCUGCAGUCUUUUAACUUUGAGGAGUUAAAAAUGUUUCAGUUUAAAGUUCAGGCCACAGACUCUGGUGUUCCUCCGCUCAGCAGCAACGUGACUGUGAACGUUUUUAUUCUGGAUGAGAAUGACAACAGUCCAGCUAUUCUGGCGCCCUAUUCUGAACACGGCUCCGUUAACAGUGAGAGCAUUCCCUAUUCUGCUGAAGCGGGCUACUUUGUGGCAAAGAUCAGGGCUGUAGACGCAGACUCUGGAUACAAUGCGCUGCUUUCUUAUCACCUGUCUGAGUCCAAAGGAAACAACCUCUUCCGGAUCGGAACCAGCACCGGGGAAAUCAGGACUAAGAGGAGAAUGAGUGACAAUGACCUGAAAACUCACCCCUUGGUGGUGUUGGUUUCUGAUAACGGAGAACCCUCCCUGUCAGCUACUGUGUCUAUUGAUGUGGUGGUGGUUGAAAGCACAGCUGACAUCCAGACUCAGUUCAGACAUGUGCCUGUGAAGGAGGAGAGCUUCUCUGAUUUAAACCUGUAUCUGCUGAUCGCCAUUGUGUCGGUGUCAGCGAUCUUUCUGCUGAGCCUCAUCAGUUUAAUAGCUGUCAAAUGUCACAGGACAGACGGCAGUUUCGGCAGGUACGGCGCCCCAAUGAUCACCACCCACCCUGACGGGAGCUGGUCUUACUCUAAAGCUACUCAGCAGUAUGACGUGUGUUUCAGCUCAGACACACUCAAGAGCGACAUGGUGGUUUUCCCUGCACCGUUUCCACCUGUAGAUGCGGAGCUGAUCAGUAUUAACGGAGGAGACACUUUUACCAGGACCCAGACUUUACCCAGUAAAGAAAAGGUAAGAGAAGUAUGA